CACAGUACUCUCUGCGCCUCUGAACGCAGCGCACAUACAAAGUGAACGGGAGGACCGCUCAGCUCCGCGCUCGCUGCCUCAGCCCGUGGAUACUAUUUCCAAAAAACCAAAAAGCCAAAAGAACAACAGCCUCCCUCUCUGCUGGAUACUCUGGCCACAUCCUCCCAGUUUUUUUUUUCUUUACAGUUUCUAUCACCUCCUUUUUUUUUCUUUUUUUCCUACACCGCCCUCUUGUUUUAUUCUUUCCCCAUCUUUUGCUCUCUCUACCUCCUCACUCCGCGCUCUUCCUCAUCCCUGAGCAUCCUUUCCUCCACCCCUCCUCCUCCCUCCUUCCUCGCAAGUCUUCUUCUCGCCUGCCUGGCUAACUUUUCCACCCGACUCCAUCCCACACCAACCUCCUCCAUCCCUCCCCGGUCCCUCCUCUUAUUGCAGCAGCAGCAGCAGCGGCGGCAGGAGGAGAAGCAGCAGCAGCAGCAGCAGCAGCCUCUCCUGGAAAUCGGGCGGAACCCAUUUGGUCAGUCUCUACACGGGGAGCACUACUGCUACAUGGGGCGCACGGUCUCGCACGGAAAAUGCUCCGCUGUCGGUCUGUAGGCGCCCCGCUGAACCUGCCGGGAUCGGAGUUGUCGGUGCGCGUCUGCGUCUCUUCCCCGCCUCGCCAGUGCCGUCGGGACCAGUGAGAUAUGGGUCUGUGCGUGGCGGCGCAGGCACCGCUCGAGGAGCCCCGGCGGCUGCGCCAGUGGAGCGGGACGGCGGGAGGCUGGCUCCGGAUCACCCUCGUCUCAUUCCUCGCCACUUUACCUGUGGAGCAGCUGCGCGCCUUCCCGUCCUCCCUCAGCGACUGCCAGACGCCGACCGGCUGGAACUGCUCCGGUUUUGAUGACCGGGACACAGACCUGUUCCUGUGCGACACCAACACAUGCAAGUUCGAUGGGGAGUGUCUAAGAAUUGGGAACAUGGUGACGUGCAUUUGCGACUUCAAGUGCAACAACGACUAUGCCCCAGUGUGCGGCUCCAACAAUCAGAACUACCAGAACGAGUGCUUCCUGCGCAGGGAUGCCUGCAAGCAGCAGUCUGAAGUGCUUAUUAUGUCAGAGGGUGCCUGUCCUGCUGAUGCCGGCUCAGGAUCAGGAGACGACGGUGGAGAAGGCUCAGCCGAGGCCGGGCAGAAGGAAACCUCCACCUGUGAUAUUUGCCAGUUUGGGGCUGAGUGCGACGUGGACGCAGAGGAUGUUUGGUGUGUUUGCAACAUCGACUGCUCCCACAUCAGCUUCAACCCGGUGUGUGCCUCGGACGGACGUUCCUAUGACAACCCCUGCCAGGUGAAGGAGGCGUCCUGUCAGAAGCAGGAACGCAUUGAGGUCAAGUACCUGGGCCACUGCCAAGGUGACAUCAUCACCGGGAACAAAGGCGAAGACGGACACUUCGCACGGACUGACCUCACAGUGGAAAACGAUGAUCCUCUGGCCCGCGGCCUGUACAUCCCCUGUCCAGAUCACUACAAAAACUACUGCGUCCACGGAGAGUGUCAGUACCCCAGGAUCCCAGCCCAGCCCUCCUGCAGCUGUCACUCGGGUUUCAGGGGCGCCCAGUGUGACAUCAAGGAGUACAACGUGCUGUACGUGGUGCCAGGCUCUGGCAAACUGCACUACGUCCUCAUCGCCUCGAUCAUCGGAGCGCUCCAGGUGGUCAUCAUCUGUGUGGUGGUGCUCUGCAUUACCAGGAAGUGCCCGCGGACCAACAGGAUCAACCGGCAGAAGCAGAACAAUGUCCACUUCAGCACGGAGAACACCAUGCGAGCCUCCACUCGACUUAUCUGAGCCCAGACCCGUCGAACAGAGACCCCCCCUCCCUCCACUUUACGGAGCGCUGUGGCGUUAGAUGUUCCCCCCCUUGUAGGCCAACCCGAAAAUAAUUAGGAUCUGCUUCCCCUCACUCCUCGCCCCCUCUCUCCCAGUACGAACUUGAAGAAUGCCCAGGGAGGACGGUGGCACGGCAGAGACAGAGCUGGCGAGUACCAGUCAGCGAUGAUGACGAUGAUGAUGAUGAUGUUGUCGUCAGUCACCGCCGCCGCUGUCGCCAAAUCCUUCCCCCCCAGUCGCCGAUGUGUCUCCUUGCACCUUGUCACUUCCGUCCAGGGUUUUUCUGAAAAAAAAAACUGAACCAUUGAGGUGUUGAGGGGAGGAUGGUGCUGAGGAUACAGAAUGUGUGAAUGAGUGAGAGUGUGAAUGUGUCUUAGAUGUGUGAGCUUUGGUAGAGGCGGGCUAGCCGGUGUCUGUUGUUUCUAGAUGAGGGGUUAAGCAAAACCGGGGUAGUGCAAAGCAGGGUAACGGGCUUUAAUUGAGGUGUGUGUCGUCCGGUUCUGGGUGGGGGGGUGGGUUUGAGUUGGGGGGGUUCGGGGCUACACGUGAUGCCUUGCACCUUGUGUUAUAGGAGACCUUUGACAGAGGGCACAAUGUUAUUAUAGAGCUCUCUGUUCGGUUGUGACGAUGACGUCAGCUUCUGUAUCUUUGGGUUCUAUUUCCAAUAGUUAUUACUACAUUGUCUUGAUGGGGUCAUUUUUCUGUAAAUGUAAAUAAAUAAUUUAUAUCACGAAAUGUAA